UCCAUCCUCCUCCUUCCUCCUUUUUCCUCCUCCUCCCCCCUCCAUCCUCCUACUCAGUCCCCCCCUUUCCCGUUCACUCUCUCUCUCUGUUUAGUCAGAAGCUUCAUGGAGCGAUUCCCGGAUCGUUGGAUGUUAAAUCUGAUCUAAUCAUUAUAUCAAGAUGAACCUGGCUCUGAUCCACGACAGACUCCACAUCAAGUCCUUCUGGGAGAAGAAGAUCAACGCUGAGUGUCAGCAUGUGGAGAGGGAGCAGCAGAGGAGGAGCAGCAGCGCGCUUAGCAAGCUGAGGGGGGAGUGGCUGGUCCGGCUUGAGAACCGAAACAAGCACCUGAAGAACCUCAAUGACAGCUUUGUGAAGAAGGCGAAGGAACCAGCGCAAACAUGAGCUGCAGAAACACAAAAACCCAUUUUCCUGAUCCCAGUGUUAAAGAGAGCAAUAAAUGAGUUGUUGAUCAAAA